GUGCUCUAACCGGCGGGGCUGAUGUCUGACUCUAUUAGUUAGACACACUCAGUUCCCUGCUGUCCUUCUCAUUCCUCCGUAAAACACGAAUGCAAGACAGAGUCUAGGAGCUGUCCACUUCAGCACCGCCAGCGGGACUGUCCACACAAACCCAGACUGAGCCUCUUAAAGAUGAUGAUGAUGAUGAAGAAGAUGAUGAUGAUGAUGCUGAGUGCACGCGGACUGCAGUAACACACCAGCAGCAGACCCGCAUUCCUCCAUCCAUACAGCCACCUGAUCCUCUGGGGCAAUGGUCCAUGCUAUCUCCGUCUGUAGUAGCUGGUCUGGCAGAAGAGGGUAUCUGAAGCAUCUCAGCAUCUCCAUGAACUAAAAGUACACUUGCAGACAAGUCACAGAAAUUCACAAACCGACCAAAACGGAACAUAUCCCUGUCUCUCCCUGUUUGUCUCUUCUUCAGUCUUCUUCACAGUGUCUCUUCGUGUUGUACUGUUAUGACGCCAUGUCUCAAACCGGGAAAGUCCUUCAUUUGUAUGUGGAGGUGAGAUCCCCACCAGAGCAUGAUGGAAAAGGUAGUUCCUAUGAGACGACAGUGGAGCAAGACGGUCCCGUUGAAGCUUUGACCAAAUUAGCACAAGUGGCAUCUGGGAUUUCCGCACCUCCCAGCAGCACAAUCAAACCAAAUGUUAGCUUCAUACUGCAGCCUUCACACAAUUCUUUGGAUUUCCCUCAAAGAUGCAGCAUUCCCCAGCAGGAACCAUUCCAAGCAGUGUCCUCUAGCCUCAAUAACAGCAUUGACAGUAAACUAUUCAAACGUGCCCACUCGUCAAACUCUGGACGGACAUCUGGCCCUGGGACACCUUGUGGAGCAUGCAGCCAUCACAAGAACUCUAAACCAGUGCAAGGACAGAGGUCUGUGGUCACUUUCAGCUACAUUGAGAAGUCCCAUGUUAAAACCGUAGAGAGUCCGUGUAAUAGUCCGGGUGGAAUAAAGGAGGUAGCGGCUUGUCCACGUAAGAGGUGUAGUGACCAAAUGUGGUCGCUACCUGUGGAAUCUACCUGCAAUAAUGAUCCUUUUCACCAGCACAUGGGUUGUACUUUAGAUCCCAUUGGUCAAGCUGCAACACACCGAGCCCUCAAGGAAUUUGGGUCUCCCCAACUGAGGUGUAAGUUUUCUCAUUGCUCAGACUUGAGUCCGGAGUUUCAUCAACGGCAUAGAGAACGAUGCCAGUCUUGGGCAGGCCCACCAUUGCCAAACUGCAGUGCCUACCGCCAUGAUCCUGAACCUGACCCAGGCAGGGUAGGAGGUGCAUGUGGUGUCCCCAAAAGCCCAGCAUCAGAUGCUUUCUCAUUCCACAACAACCAGCAGAAAUCCACCUCCAGGUCCCAAGAAUAUCCCAUGCAGAAUCUCAGUUCAAAGCAAGACUGCUCUGCUCCACUCUGUCAAAAUUGGGGAAGCCGGGCUGAAGACAGACCUCUGUCAGGGCAAAGGACCAGCCUCGCAAACACACCCACUCAUGAUUUAAACCAGCUGAGUGGAAGCAAUACCUCUUCAGCUCUGAACAGUCCUGAGAUUGCCCGCAAAAUUGCAGAAGAGGCCACCAAGGUAUCAACAAUUUUCAACGAGGUCCGAAGUUCUACUCCUCCCGUUGUUUUCGGGGGCUGGUCCAAUCUAAGCAGCACAAACUAUGGACAUCCUUCUAGAGAAAUCCAGUCCUUACAGCAUAGUCCAGUGCAGCAUCCGGCUGUCAAGAUGAACAUACCUAUGCAUGAAGACCGUUCUACGACAAAUGGGUUUCCUCCGCACCUGCACGAAGCACCAGCUACUAAGAGCUCAGAUUUAAAAGAUGACCUGCGCAGUCACUCAUUCUGCUCUGUCCCAGAUUCUCCAGCCCUCCCGUCUCAUCAUCUUCGUCCAAGUCUGUCCAAAGCAGACAUGUGUUCUCCGCUCCGAGAUCCUCGUCAGCUUAGAGCUGACCUGCCAGUCUCUGACAGCCCCACUUUACACCGUCACAAGCCUCCACAGUACACUGGAGAGGAGUGGAUAUCUGGGGAACCCUGGUUCCUGGACGAGGAGGACUGGGAUGACCAUGUCGUUGCAGAGAGCGUGGAGAUCUCCAGGCGGUUGUUUAUCGGUCAGAAUGUGGAUGAUUCUCCGGUCAGUUGGACAUCUAGACAGCAGUGGAAAGAGCAGGCAAGGAAAGAUAAAGGGAAGUUCAGCUUGUCAGAAAAACUUGAAGGUAAUCUCAAGAGCAGCAGUCCAGUUUACAGAAAAAGUGUUCAGGUUGAGGUCAUCGAACGAGGAGAGGAGAAUGUGAGCAAUUUGGUAUGUGGAGUAGACCAGAGCCCUGGGGAAAGUAUAGAGGAGAUGACCAGGCUAACACAACAACAGAGACAGGCAGAAUGGAGGAGAAGACAGGCUUUGCUUCUAGGGCCGGUAGUAUUUGAAGAGGGGGAGAGAGGAGAGGACGAACAGGGGUUUGGAGAUCAGCAGGGUUUGGUUGGGUCAUCCCCGAGCUCUAGUGGAGUAACGGGAAGCCUAGGAGACAGAGAUUGCAUCUCACCUGAGUCCAGCCAGAACAGCAACCAAUCAGAUCACCCAUCAUCAGGAAUACAGUCUGAUGGCGGUUCUUUGGUGCCAGGUCCAUCUCUGCACUGUCAAAAAAUUGCUCGUGCCAAGUGGGAGUUUCUCUUUGGCACUCCAGAAGAAAACACUGCCAGCAAACAAGAGAAGAAUGUUCCAGAAUCCUCCACAGCUCCACCAAGUGGCCACUCCACCCCAAUACCACCCUCAUAUCUGCCAUUGGAGGAGCUUGCUCUCAGAGCUAAUCAUGAUGUCCAACACGUGGAGGUGGAGCUAGUGACUCCGCCCCCUGCCGCCCCAGGCACCUCCCCCAAAACGGGCAUAAUUCGGCGAACUUUGAAAUACUCUGAGACUGAUCUGGAUGCUGUUCCUUUACGAUGUUAUCGGGAGACAGACAUAGACGAGGUGCUGUUAGCAGAGCAAGAGGAUGCUGACUCAGCGUUUGGAAGCAACCGAAGUGUCAUGGGAACUUCCUGUGCUGGGAGCAGUCCUCUAGGAGAGAUACCGAAUGAAAGAACAGAUGGACAGGAGGAUGGGGAGGAGGAGGAGGAGGAGGAUGUUGCGAGCUGGGUCACUGUCAGGAUGCAGGGCGAUGUGAGGAGGCUUAUGGCUGAUCAGCGAGACGAGGAAGUGGAGUUUUACAGCAUGAUGCUAAAGAGUCCUCAAGAUCAUGUCAGUAACAGCCUCCCAGCUCUAAAAUCUCCCAUCCUGGUCCGUGGUCCUCGCAGAAGGUCCGGAGACAGUUUGGACACGUUCAGCCGGCAUUUUGAGAACAUCAUGGAGUCACACCGUGCCAAGGGCACCUCCUACAGCAGUCUGGACAGUCUCGACCAUCUGACCUCUAGCACUCAAACGGUCCUGACCUUUGACCUCCCCACACUGACUCCACAGGUGCAGGGUCAGAUCUACCAGAGCGCCCGGCAAAUUGUGGAGCUCAGCUUUGCGCCAUUGGCACACGUAGAGAUUCCCAGCCUGUCAGAGUCGGUGCUGACGAUAACCGGGGAUACAGAUGCCACACGGGCGCCAUCCAGUGAACGUCUCAGCAGUGGGUCUGAUGACCGCAGUGGACAAAGCUGGCAGAGCAACCCACCACUUUCACUGCCCAGAGAGAAAUCACCUCGCUUCGCUGCCGACCCAGAUUUGGAUCAGGAGCUGAGUGAGCGUUUGGGUUUGGGCAGUAAUGACACUCUCAGUAACGGUAACCGAGCUGAUCUGGACUCUGCCAAACGUCUGGCCAAGCGCCUCUUCAACCUCGACGGCUUCAGGAAGUGCGAUGUUGCACGUCAUUUGAGUAAAAACAAUGACUUCAGUCGCCUGGUGGCAGAGGAAUAUCUGCGCUACUUCAAUUUUACUGAAAUGACUUUGGACCAAGCACUAAGGGCAUUUCUGCUAGAGUUUGCUCUGACGGGUGAGACGCAGGAGAGAGAGCGGAUCUUAGCACACUUUUCCCGUCGAUAUGCGCAGUGCAAUUCAUCUCUCUCUCUAUCUGAAGACGGUGUCCACACGCUGACCUGUGCUCUUAUGCUGCUCAACACAGACCUGCACGGCCACAAUGUUGGCAAGCGAAUGUCCUGCGCUCAGUUCAUCGGGAAUCUGGAAGGACUGAACAGCGGACAUGACUUCCCUAAAGAACUCCUUAAGGCCCUGUACAACUCUAUUAAAAAUGAAAAGCUGCAGUGGACAAUCGAUGAAGAGGAGCUACGUAAGUCGUUCUCGGAGCUGGGCGAGCAGCGAGGAGAGUCCAACUCCAGAGGAGUCAAGCAGGCGGACAGCGACUUCACUCCUCCGUCCGGAGCGCUGCUCUACAAAACCGGUUUCCUGGUGAGGAAGGUCCAUGCAGACUGUGACGGGAAGAGAACACCUCGUGGAAAAAGAGGAUGGAAAGCAUUUUAUGCUGUUCUUAAGGGACUCAUCCUUUACCUGCAGAAAGGCGAGUAUCGGCCGGAUAAACCGUUAUCAGAUGAGGAUUUGAAGAAUGCGGUGUCUAUUCAUCAUUCGCUGGCCAUCAGAGCCACAGACUACAGCAAACGUCCGAACGUGUUUUACCUCCGGACCGCGGACUGGAGAGUCUACCUCUUUCAGGCCCCGAAUGCUGAACAAAUGCAGUCUUGGAUCACACGCAUCAACACGGUGGCGGCCAUGUUUUCAGCCCCGCCCCUCCCUGCUGCCAUUGGAUCACAGAAGAAAUUCAGUCGACCGCUGCUGCCAGGCUCCGCCUCCAAGCUGUCGCAGGAGGAGCAGGCACAGGCUCAUGAAGCUCGGUUUCGCUCCAUCUCCACCGAGCUUGCACAACUGCACUCUUAUCCGCCUGACAGAAAGGUGAAAGGUCGUGAACUUGAGGAGUACCGGCUGAGAGAGGAGUAUCUGGAGUUUGAGAAAACGCGCUAUGAGACGUACAGCAUGCUCCUGCGGGCGAAGCAGCGCUGCGAAGACGAUGAUCUGUCAGUGUUUGAAGCCAUGCUCCUGGAGGAAGGUGCGCUACAGAGAGCUCAGUCCAGCCCGACGCUUCAGGACAGCAGUUUGACCUGCAGCACCAGAGACGGAGCGAGCCAAAGCACCGCCGCCGGCGCACAAGAACCGUCCGGCAACGGAAACAACAGCUGCUCCCGCGGUCAGGGCCAGAGACACAGCUACAGGCAGGCCGUCCGCAAGUGAAGCCGCCGCCGCCACCCACAGGAAGCUCGCUGUACUGGAGAGGAAGUGAGGUCUCUCUCUUUCCUGUGUGUGCCAUCAGGGUGUUGAUUCCGACUGAAUCUGACUCUGUGAUUGGCUGAUGGCUGGGUGAUGUCACAACACAAGGUGCUAUGGGAUCUGGACGGGAGGAUGCGACUGGGAACGUAAAUAUGAAACGCAUAACCUUCAUUUGCCUUCUAGUUCUCGGGUUUCUUCUGCGACUUCUCGCCCGAAGCCAUUUCAUCGCACACUACCAAGUCAAAUCUGGGCCUAAACGUCUUCGAACCUUUAAGAUAUGAUUGUGUCGGAAAAUCUUCCGUUUUUGCAUUUCUCGAAACAACCAAUUUGUUCACAAUGCAUAUUAAAAUUCAUCAAUUCUGCUCAAAAUGGUGAGGUGAAGUACGAACACUGGACGUCUGGGAUGUGUGUUUUUCGCACGGUGGAACACAAUUCUUGUUGUGUGUCAUAAGGGUGUCUGAUUUCGUGUGGUGUUUAGGAGCAGCAGACAAGCAGAAGACUGACUAGCCUGUAUGCAAUUAGUUAUUUCUUCAUGUUGUUCUCAGCAUUAGCUGUUUGUAUUUGUACAAUAAUGCACAGGGACAUCAUAGUCACUAAAUACACCGUCCAUUUGCGCCGCAAAACCCCGUUUUGCCCUAAAACGUCUUUUGCACUGAACACGAAGCAUUAUCACACUGCAAAACACAUUUUCUCAAGUCAGUAUUUUAUCUUUUUUCUGAAAAAAAAAAUAUUUAAACAUCCUUAAAAUUAGAUUUUUUGUUCUAGUUUUUAAGCCGAAAUCUCACUAAAUUGUUAGACUUUUUAAUAAACAAAUAAACUAAGUUCGAUUGGCAAACUGUAUUUUUUUCCCCCAAUAGUUUUUAGGCAGAAACCUCACUAAAUGUAGCUAGAUAAACUUAAAUAUUAAGUUUGCAAAAUCCAAGAUGUUUUCUCUUAGAGCGGAAUAUGCAAAAGUAUAUUUUAGGGAUGUUUAUGUAUUUUAGUGAAAGACAGUGAAAAACAGUAUGAGAAAAUGAUUUCUGCAGUGAAGCGAGACGCGUAUCUGUUUCUGUAUAGUUAAUUCUUUGAAUAUGCUCUAUUUUAGCUUCUCGUCCUUGUCUUUCUGCAUUAUUCUCUUGGCUGAAUGUCGUCUGCUGUGUAUGGCAUGGCUGACUAGUGACAAUCGUUCGUGUUUGUUCGGUUCAACAGAAGCUGAAGUCGGUAGGAGGCUGGCAGCGUGUAGUUCAUGAGUCAAACGAACCUGUUCCCCACGCAGCACAACUGAAUGUCAUCUUUUCUUGUUAAAUGCAGUUAGUCAGUGUUUAAGACGCAUUGCUUUCACGUAUUGCUUUCUUAUGUAAUCGAUGAGAGAGAGAGAGGAUGUGUAUGCACAAAAUAUAUCACCUAUUUAAGGAAUGUUUUAAAUCUUAUAAUGAAUGUGGUUUGUCGAAAGCAAAACUGCCACAUGCAAUAUUCAGCACAGGCCUGUGUGUGUGUGAUCGACGCACAUGUGGAUGUUUAAUGACACGGCUCAUGAUGAUUUCGAGCUUGAAACCGUUGAAUGUACCAUGAUUUUCACCAUGGUGAUGGGCAUCGCAUUUCAAUCUCAAGCAUUGUUUUUUUUCCUUUUGCAGUUAAUCAUGUGCUGUUUUCGUGAGUAAAUAUGGUGUAAAAUAACAUUUCCUCAAACUCUCCGAGCGGUCGUGACUUGAGGAGAAAGUGACAUCAUGUUAGUGCUACAGUGAGUCUGAAGUGCAGAUAGUAAAUACAAGAUAAAAUAAUGUCUGUUUAGGAACUUUAUGACGUUAUAUCGGUGAAUAUCACAAGAAAACACAUCCAAGUCACAUUUCACUCCAAAAUUAAAAGGAAAAGAUAUUAAUUUUUGGGACCAUUUUUUUAUAUUGACAUUAUUUUCAUGACAAUUAAGCACAAUUUAUUUUGCAAUUCCCAUCAUUUUAGGCUCUUUAGUUUCUAUUUAAUGUAGACUGACAAACUGUAAUACAACUACUUUUUAUUGAAAUUGGCAUUAUUUAAAAUAAAAAAACAAUAAUAAACUACAAUAAUAAUAUACAAUAAAUAAUAUAAAUAUAAAUAAAUAUAAAUAUUAAAUCUAAAUAAAUAAAUAAACUUUCAAGUACAGUUAAUGAAGCCCAUUUUAAGGACCAUUAUUUGUGUUUAUAUUAUUUAAUGGCACUUUAAUUCAAAUGCAUUAUUAUUAUUAUUAUUAUUAUUGUUGUUUUUGUUGUUGUUAUCAUUAUCGAAUUGUCCUAAAAUGGGCUUGAAUAUCUUUACCUAUUUUUUAAGACCAUUUAUUUAUUUAUUUGCAAUAUUGACAUUGUGACAUUAGACAUUAUUUUCCCAUGACAAUGAAGCACAUAUUUAAUAUCCCAUUGCUGCAAUGCAUGUGUGGUCCUGAAAAUCUUUAACUAAAAUACUUUUCGUGUUGAUUUUGGUGUGAAAUCACGACCUAUAAGUGUUUUGUGAGUUUAAAUUUCUUUACUCAAAUCUGCUGUUGUUCCUCUAAUAUAGUCCACCUUAUCAAUACAGCGCUGUAUAUCCAGAGAGCAUGAUGUUGAAUAGUCUUGUUCUGAUUUUAGGUGAAUAUAAAACCAGAAAGCCAUUCUCUGCUCAGGUGUCAUUUGAAUAUAAUGUAGUUGCCAUGCAUUCGUCUACCAGCAGAGAGCGCUGUCUUCAGCCAAACAUACGAAACCAGAGAUUAAAGUGGAAUGGUCCAGUGAUGCCUUGUUCGGUUUGUGGGUGUUUGUACACAUUUAUGUCAUUUUUCAUGUUUAAUGUUGAUGUAAUGUCCAGUGUCUGUCACACAUGCGGUGUGUCGAUAUACUGCUCAAUACACACACACACACACACACACACACACACACACACACACACACACACACACACACACACACACACACACAUCAUGUCUGACUGACUGCUGAUGAGCGUCUGUCGUGUCCUGCUAUGAUUAAUUCAGUCAAUUCUUCUUCGACCAAUAUGAUUAUCGUAUGAAACUAUAUUUUUAAUUAAGCAGCUCCUGAAUGUACAUAAACGGCAUGAAAUUGUUCUGCUCUCAUUUGCAUCUUGUGUCUUGUUCUGAGGUGAUUCUAGGCCUCGUUUUGUCAUUGAUCAAGUGUCGAUCGAUGUCUCUUGGUGGAGGUUUGCUUCCUAUUAGUUAUAAUGUAAACAAGGAAAAAACUGAUGUUAAUGACUGAAAGUGAAGGAAACACUCAAUUUAGUUGACUUUCUUUAUUCUUUGACUUUGAUCCUGUCUUUCAUAUGUGGUUCGCUUGUAUAAAGUUCUGUAAGGACCGUGUUUGUACAGCCUCUCUUUAUGAUGGCCUAGAAUAAUACAGAAAUAAAUAACAAAGAAUUAUGAAACGCA